UUUCUUUUCUCACCUUGACGGCGUGAAUAGUCUUCGGAGAUGACUGCAUCGAUGGAGAUGCAGGGCCGUCGACAAGACGAUUUGCAGCAGCCUUCGGAUCCUGUUAAGAGCGAUGAAGUUUUUGUAGAGAGCACAGAGACCGGAAGUCCCGCCACAUAUGCAGAUGUAGUGUCCUCGCGCAUCUCCAAAGCACAUCGGGACUAUCUCAUGGAACGCCAUGGGACAUUAGAACUCGAACCGAUUCCUAGCAUGGACGCUGCCGAUCCGUACAAUUGGCCUGGGUGGAAGAAAUUCGCAAACCUGAUAUUGGUGGCAUUCCAUGCUUUGAUGGGGACAUUCACCGCGGCGGGUAUCAUCCCUGCAUAUAAAAUUAUCUCGGAAGAAUAUGGGGUUACCGUGCAAAAAGCCAGUUACCUGACCUCCCUCCAGAUUGCCAUUCUCGGAGGUGCGCCAUUGUUCUGGAAGCCGUUGUCGAACCGAUAUGGCCGUCGCCCGAUUUUCCUCAUCUCCUUGAUAUGCAGUCUUGUUUGUAAUGUGGGUUGUGCGAAAAGUACCGAUUAUGCCUCCACGGCUGCCUGUAGAGCUCUCCAGGCUUUUUUCAUCUCUCCUGCAUCCGCCAUCGGAAGUGCAGUUGUAAUGGAAACGUAUUUCAAAAACGAACGUGCGAAAUAUAUGGGUGUCUGGACGUUGCUGGUUACAUUGGGUAUCCCGAGCGGUCCGUUCAUCUUCGGGUUUGUCACACAACGGGCAGGCUAUGUGUGGAUCUACUGGGUUUUAGCAAUGAUCAACGGCGGCCAAUUCAUCCUGUACCUCUUCUUCGGACCCGAAACUCGAUACAUCGGCAGCUCCGAUGACCUCAACGAACCGAGCUGGAAGCGAGAAUAUCUGUACAUCCGACGGAUCGACCCGACCCCGUUCACAUGGUUCGAGUUCGUGAAACCCCUCACGAUGGUCACGUACCCCUGCGUGAUUAUUCCGGCCGCUGCAUACGCCAUGAUCUUCUGUCUCAGCAACGUGCUAGCAACCGUCGAGGUGCCCCAGCUCCUGCAGGAGAAAUUCGAGCUCGAUUCGGAACAAUUGGGUCUUCAAUUCCUAGGCCCGAUUAUUGGUUCCUUCAUUGGUGAGCAAAUAGGCGGCACCAUGUCCGAUUUGUGGAUGAACAUGCGCCAGAAGAAGAUCCAGAGUAAGCCUGAGCCCGAGUUCCGGCUUUGGCUCAGCUACCUGGGGUAUACCCUGUCCAUUGUUGGUAUCAUUGUUUUCCUCGUAUGCACGGAGAAGGCCAAACAAGGCCAUUGGAAUAUCGCGCCUAUUAUCGGCAUUGCCCUUGGCGCUACUGGCAACCAGAUUAUUACCACCAUCCUAAUCACAUAUGCUGUGGAUUGUUAUUCCAAGGAAGCCGCUAGCAUAGGUGUUGUUAUCACGUUCGUUCGUCAGAUCUGGGGCUUCCUUGGACCGUUUUGGUUCCCGCCAAUGUUCGAGACUGUCGGUGUGGCUGCGAGCUCUGGUGUUGGUGUUGCUUUGAUGGUUGGAGUUAGUGUGAUUCCUACCCUCUUCUUGCAGUACUUGGGACGGUCAUGGCGCCCACCUAUUGAUGAAUGAGACAUAUUGGCUUGUGAUCGGAUAGGAAGACGACGGAGGAAAUAUAGAAGGGUCAUAGAACGGAUAGACCAAGAAACUGGGCGGACAGGCGCGUAAGGACGCUGGUGGACUUGAAUAUAGACGUGUCAGUGUUAAGCCAAACGAAGGACGUG